AUGGCGACCAACUCCCGUCCUAUGACGAUGACUUUGAUGCGAAAUCGAAGUAUUGACGAUUUCAAUGAGCAGGUCGUGAAUAUGCUGGAUGAAGUCGAGAAACGGGGAGCCGCAUCAAUGCUUGAACAGAAAAGAACAAAUUUUGGACUGCUGAACAGCGUCAGUGUCACGACUGUACUACUCGACUGUCAGGUGACCGUGAAGACAUUACUGCAAUCACUAAUCGUCUCGCCGCCCGGACAAAAACUGUUG